CAAAAGCCUGAGGCGAGCUAAGAAAGAGUUCACAGAGUUGACGGAGGACACAGCUGAAAUUACUAGCUAGGAUUAUCUCAAACUUCGUUCGCAUUACUUCAUCUUCCGCUAGACACAGAGCUCGUCGGCGACAUGGACGCCAUGGAGAGAGGCGAGCACGCGCCGCUCCUGCCCGAGAGUCACGGCCCAGAGAGUCAAGAUGACGAUAGCCUGCAGCUGCAGGUGCCGCUCCUGAAGCACAAGAAGCGCGGCGGCGGCAGCAGCAAGGCACCCGCAGUAAUUCUUUUGUUCGAAUGCCUGGAGAGCACGGCGUUCAAUGGCAUCUCCACCAAUCUGGUGGUGUAUCUGGAGACUGUCCUCCACGGCAGCAACCUCGCCAGCGCCUCCAACGUCGCCACCUGGUUCGGCACCAGCUACCUCACCCCGCUCUUCGGUGCCAUCAUCGCCGACACCUUCUGGGGCAACUACAACACCAUCCUGGUCUCCCUUGCCGUCUACCUCCUCGGCAUGAUGCUCGUCACCUUCUCUGCGUUCGUGCCCACGACCACGGCGGCGCUGUGCGCGGCGGGCGCGUCGUGCGCCGGAACCACCGGCACGUGGCCGCUGAGCUCGCAGACCGUGGCUUUCAUGGGGCUGUACCUCGUGGCGAUCGGGUGCGGCGGGGUGCGCUCGUCUCUACUGCCGUUCGGCGCGGAGCAGUUCGACGACGACAGCGCGGCGGACCGGGAGGGCAAGGCCUCCUUCUUCAGCUGGUUCUACCUCUGCGUGAGCUUCGGUCCCAUCAUCUCGGGCCUGUUCCUCGUCUGGAUUCAGCAGAACAUCAGUUGGGGCCUCGGCUUUGGCAUAGCCACGGCCUGCAUCGCGCUCGCCUUCGCCGCCUUCGUGUUGGCCACGCCCAUGUACAAGCGCCGGAUGCCCAGCGGCACGCCGCUCAAGAGCCUCUGCCAGGUCGUCGCCGCCGCGUGCAAGAAGAUCAACAUCAAGGUGCCCGUCGAAGCCGGACACCUCUACGAGGUCAGCGACAAGAUCGACUCACCCCAACCCAAGAUCGCGCACACCAGCGACUUCAAGUUUCUCGACAAGGCGGCCGUCGUCACGCAGUCGGACAUGGAGGAGAGGCCGGAGGAAGCGACCUCGUGGAAGUUGUGCACCGUGACUCAGGUGGAGGAGCUCAAGAUCCUGCUCCGCCUGCUGCCCGUCUGGAUCACCAGCGUCGUCGUGUCAUCGGCCUUCUCGCAGAUGAACACCACGUUCGUGCAGCAGGGCAGCGCCAUGGACAUGACCAUCCUGUCGGUGCCGGUGCCCGCUGCGUCGCUGGCCUCCUUCGAGGUGAUCUGCGUCAUGACAUGGGUGCUCCUGUACAACAAGGUGAUCGUGCCGGCGUUGAGGAGCUUCUCCUCCAGCGGUGACGGCGAGCCGUCGCCGCUGCAGCGGAUGGGUGCCGGGCGGCUCCUCAUGGCGCUCACCAUGGCGGUGGCGGCGCUCGUGGAAAUGAAGCGGCUCGACAGCGCGGCGCGUGGGGAGGAGAUCAGCAUCUCGUGGCAGCUGCCGCAGUACUUCUUCCUGGCCGGCGGGGAGGUCUUCUGCUACAUCGCGCAGCUAGAGUUCUUCUUUGACGAGGCGCCCGACACCAUGAAGAGCAUGUGCACGUCGCUCGCUCUGCUCACCAUCGCGCUGGGGAGCUACAUGAGCUCAUUCAUCUACGCCAUCGUGGAGGCCUUCACGGCAACGGGAGACAGCCCCGGGUGGAUCUCCGACGACCUCAACAAGGGCCAUCUGGACUACUUCUUCUGGGCCAUGGCUGCAAUGUGCACGCUCAACUUCGUCGUGUACAGCGGCAUCGUCAAGAACUAUAGGCUCAAGACCGUCAUCUCGUGAUCGCCCGCGCAAGGAUUCAGGAUUCAAUUACAUUUACAUUGCAUUGCACAAUCGCCAGUUGGUGAUGGGUGAACAAUAAGUAGCGUAGCCAGGUACAUAUACACAUAGGAAAUACUCCGUAGUAGAAAGAAAAUGUAGGAUAUUACUUUUCUUUUCAUUUCAUUUCAAGGCCGUAGUGUAUACCUAUGGAUGGUAGAAACAUUUUUUUUUACAGUUUUGUUAAGUUUCACUCGACUGAGACUUGCUAUAUUCUUUGAUCUUGCAUGAAGAUUUGUA